GAAGGCGAAAGAGUGGGUGGCUGCAGGAGGCAGGGCCAUUGCCAGAUUCUAGACCCUGCAGGCUCCAGUGUGAGGAUUCCUUUUGGCUCCUUUCCUCUGUGGUUGAUGCUUCUGCUUGGAGUUGCCAGGCAAGUGCAGGAUGUGCUGCAGUUUCCUGAGACAGCUAUUGGCUCGGGAGAGCCAGCACUCCACCCCGGUGGGGCGCUUCCUUCUUCCGGUGCUCGUGGGAUUCCGUCUCCUGAUUCUGGUUUCCAGCGGACCUGGCGUUUUCGGCAAUGAUGAGAACGAAUUCAUGUGUCAUUUAGGGCAGCCAGGAUGUAAGACCAUUUGUUAUGAUGUCUUCCGCCCUCUCUCUCCGUUGCGCUUCUGGGCCUUCCAAGUCAUCCUGAUGGCUGUACCCAGCGCUAUUUAUGUGGCUUUCACUCUGUAUCAUGUGAUUGGAUACUGGGAGGUACCAGGCAGGAACAAGGAGCAAGAGGCCCAGAUUUGCAAAGGGGGUCGUUGCAAGGAUGUCUCAGGGGCUAUGAGCCUCAAGCUUCUCUGGGCCUAUGUGGCACACCUUGGGGUGCGGCUGGUCCUUGAGGGAGCAGCUCUAGGAGUUCAGUACCAUCUAUAUGGCUUCAAGAUGCCCAGCACUUUUAUAUGUCGUGAGGAUCCUUGUAUUGGCAGCACAACCUGUUUCCAGUCUCACCCUUCUGAGAAGACCAUCCUCCUCAACACCAUGUUUGGGAUCAGCGGGGCCUGUCUCUUAUUUAUUUUCUUGGAGCUUGUGCUUUUGGGUUUAGGGAGGGUUUGGAAGACGUACAGGCACAAACUUCCCCUCUUUAAGAACUUGUCAACCUCAGAGCGCUCUGUAAGACACAAGGACACAACCGAUGACUUGUCAGUGGUGGAGACAAAAGAGCCAUUUUGAGAAGCAGGUGAGAACCCUACUGACAGUCAUCUGUCCCUGCCUCUGAUGUCUCUGUGUUGGCAGUCCCCACCCUUGUCCUUUGGGGUGAACAGCUCCCCACGUUAUAAUGUGUAGAUAAUCGAUCUCCAAGUAGAUACAUUCUAAAAAUUAUUUACUUUUUACUUUAAAUUGUGUGUGUGUGUGUGUGUGUGUGUGUGUGUGUGUGUGUGUGUGUGUGUGUGUGAAUUCAGGUGCCUGUGGAGGCCAGAGAGAGGUAGCUGUCCAAUGUGGGUACUGGGUUCUUUGGUUUCUUUGCAAGAGGAGUAUGCACUCUAAAUCACUGGAAUAUCUCUCCAGAUCCCAGAUGUAUUUUUUUUAAAGGGAUGAAAUGUUUACUUUGGUUCACAGUUUGAGGGCAUAGUCUCUCAUGGUGGAGAAGGCAUUUAUAUUUAUAUAUGAAACAUGUAGCCCUGGCUGGCCUGGAACUUGCUAUGUAGAUCAGGCUGGCUUUGAACUCAUGGAGAACCAUUUGCCUCUGGCUCCCAAGUUCUAAGAUUAAAAGCACAAGCCACCACGUGUGGCUGAGGCAGCUGUAUUUUGAUUACCAUCCCAGACUGUUUACCAGUACCUAUCCCUAUCAGUUUCACAUCUCUGUGUAGUAGACCAUGAUCUGUGCACUCUCUGCCCUUUCCUGUCUUCAGCUUCUGCUUGGUUUCUACUUUGCAGAGUUAUAAGUUUGCCUGUAGAAAACUCUGGAACCUGAUCUUCUUCAAUACAUCCAGUGUUUUGGCUGGGGAGAUGGUACAGUGGGUAAAGACUCUUGUCAUGAAGCCUCAUGAUCUGAGAUUGAUCUCCAGAACCCACAGGGAGAAGGGAGAAAAACCAGCUCCCACAGGAUGUCCACAUACAUGCUUUGGAGAGCAUACACACACUGUACACACACACACACACACACACACACACACACACACACACACACGUUAAUAAUAAAUAAAAUAAUAAAAUCUCAGAAAACAAAACAGCAAAACCUCCUGCAUCAAUUAUCUGUCACUUCUAACUUAUCUAUCCUUUUCUCCACUAAAUAUAGGCAAAUACCAACCUAGUUUCUGUUCUAAUGGAUUAUCUAUCUUAAUCUGUGAUUUUUUAUAGAGGUGGAAUCAUGCAAUAUACCUGUUAAUCACUUGUAUAUCUUUAUGAAAAUGACCAUGUUUUUGUGCCAAUUAAAAUCAGGUAAUUUUUUUUUUUUUUGGCAUUGUAAAAACUCUUUAUUUGGGAGCUGGAGAAAUGGCUCAGUGGCUAAGAGCACUGACUGCUCUUACAAAGGUCCUGAGUUCAAUUCCCAGCAACCACAUGGUGGCUCACAACCAUCUGUAAUGAGAUCUGAUGCCCUCUUCUGGUGUGUCUGAACACAGCAACAGUGUACUCAUAACAUAAAAGAAUUAAUACAUUUAAAAAUAUUUAAAAAACCUCUUUAUAUAUUAUAAUUGUUAGGUACUUAUCAAGUGACUCCUUUCAAAAUAGUCUCUUCUAUACCAUGGGUCAUCUUCAUUUUUUUCUGAGUAGCAUUUCUUUAAUUCUUUACAUGUUUACAGUGUACUUUGAUCAUGUCUACCCCCAUAUUCCUAUCUAACUGCUCUUGGGUCUCCUGUCAUGCCCCUGUGCCAUGUCCUCUUUUCUUUAUAACCCACUGAGAACAAAGUCAGGGCUACUCAAAUGUGCAUGGUGUGAAGCCAUCUACUGGACCAUGGUCAGUCUACUUGAUGCCAUACCUCUGAAGAAGAUGGCGUCUUCCUCUCCCAACAUCGAUCAACUGCUAACAGUUCCUCAGCUGUGGGCCGUCCCUCACUCAUUCAUGCUGUAAUGCGGAUGUCUUGAGCUUGUGCAGGCAACCACUACUUCUGUGAGUUUAUGAGUGCAACUCCCUGCCAUGUUUAGAAGCUUCUGUUUCAUAGCAGAUCUCCCAGAGAUCUGGCUUUUACUUUUGGCUCUUACCAUAUGGUUGCUGGGAAUUGAACUCAGGACCUUCGGAAGAGCAGUCAGUGCUCUUAGCCACUGAACCAUUUCUCCAGCCCCCAAAUAAAGAGUUUUUACAAUGCCAAAAUUUUACUUUCUCAUUUCCCUAUCUUUUCUAAUGUUCCCUUGAGCUUUGGGGGCAAGAGUGUGAUAUAGAUCUCUCAUUUGGGACUGAAUACUCUAUAGACAACUUUUCCCACAUUUUGACAAAUUGUGAGUCUGUAUAUUGGCCACUGUAUACUGUAAAACGAAAUUUCUGUGGUCUGUGCUGAAAACUGACCUAAUCUGUAUCAAGAAGCAUUUAGAAGACAGUUUGAUACUAUGUCAAUUUAGCAAACUAAUAAUAAUAAACUUUUCUUUAGGGCCUUUGAGCUCCCCAGGAUGGGUUCUUGGCCAGAUUUGUAGUACCAGGCAUGGGUUUCCUCCUGUGGAGUGGAUCCUCAAUCUAAUCAGAAAGCAGUUGGUUACUCCUGUAACAUCUAAACCACUGUUGCACCCAUGGGUGUGUCUUGUGAGGCUGGUUUUUGUAACUCAACAGAUCAGAAAGAGUUUUGAUGACUAGGAAGGCUAGCCAGGAGGGAGUUGGCAAUAUUUUUUUGAUGUACAAGACCUUUUCAUUUUUUUUUUGGUUCUUUUUUUUCGGAGCUGGGGACCGAAAGACCUUUUCAUUUUGAUGAAAUAUAAUUACUUCUUUUUCUUUUGGUGUUUGUGAUUUUGGUGCUACAUUUAAGUGACCAUUGUUUGACACAAAACUAUGAAUUUACACUUUGUGUUUCCAUCUAAGAAUUGCAUACCUUUAACUUACGUUUAUGUCUCUGAUCUUUUAUGGAGUGGGGAAAAAAGACAAAGGAUGACAUUAUCUUUCUUGUUGGAAAUAGUGUAAAUGAGCAAAAUAUUUGAUUGGCAGAACUGACUCUUAAAAGUAAAUGCAAAAGAAAAAGGCAUUCGUCUUCAUGUACAUGGUCUUAUUUUAGUUUGUUAUACAGUGUUUAGUUGAUGUCCCUGGGAGGACUGCUUUUUUCUGAGUGGAGAUGGAGGCGGUGUGUGGGGAGCAGGGAGGUGUUGGGAAGAGAUUGCCGGGGAGAGAGGAAGCAAAACUGCAGUCAGGAUGUAAAAUAUGAGAGAAGAAUAAAAAUAAUUUUGAAUUAAAAACAAACAAACAAACACCCAAUCCCUGAAAUGUAAAUAAACUUAGAUGGUUACACUAAAAAAAAAAUAAAGAAUGUAAAUGUCCUUCAAAAGGAUUGGGGAAAAUGCAUAUACAGUGGAAUAUUGCUCAGUCUCAAAAAAUGAGAGAAAAGAGUAGAAAAGAAAAAAUAGGGGAUUCUGUAAUAUCAUGGAGGACCCUGGAAAGUAUAUGUUAUGUGAAAUAAUCACAAGAAAGUAUAUGUUAUGUGAAAUAAGACACAAGAGCAGAUGUGACGGUAAACACAUAACAUGUAGAACACUGAAAAUUCAAGCUCAUGGAAAGAAAGAAUAGAAUGUUUAUUACCUGAGACUGGACCAUGGAAGGAUUGGGGAAAUGUUAGUCAAAUGGCACAAAAUUCCAGUGAAACAAGAAGAAAAAGUUCACAAGCUCUAUUGUAGACCAUAGAGACCAAAGUUAUGGUGUUGAGUUUUGUUAGGUGUUCUUGCCAAAAAAAAAAAAAGUAAAUUAGGUUAAUAGAUUAAGUAGGUUUGUUCCACCACCCUACAUGUGUACCCACAUCAAAACAUCGUGUUGUAUAUGCUAAAUAUUUACUUGUCAGUUAAAAAAGUUCAAUUAGGACAAUUGUGUCUUUUUUUAAUACAAUGAAAUAGAUACAUUUUUAAAAUAAAGAAAUGCAUUUGUAAGUAAAAUCAAAAGCUAAAUGCUUACAGAUGACCAAUAUUUCCGUAAGUGUUGGUGACCUACUGUUUCAGUUACUUUUCUGUUGCUGAGAUAAAACACUGGCCUGAAUGGGAGAAGAUGCAUCUGGACCUGCAGAAAUAGAUAUGCCAGUGUUAGGUGAUAUCGGGGGUAGGGCACCUUCUCAGAGGAGAAUGGGACGGGGUAUGGGGGACCGAUUCUGUGAGGGGGGACCAGGAGAGGGCAGCAUUUGGGAAGUAAAUAAAUAAACUACCAUGACCAGGCAAUUCGUUAAGUGUUUUAUCUAGGACUCAGAGUUCCAGAGGGUUGGAGUCCAUAACCAUCUCCAGAUUGUGCUGUGCUUAACUAUGCCUAAAAUAAACCACUCAGGAUCAGACUCUUGGAGUUUGAGCCAUUACCUACUGAGCCAUGUUGAACUGAACUGCCCUUUUGCCUUCUACCCAUAACUUCUCUGCAAGUUCAUUAAGGCGUUGGUUUGGCUCAACAUUUUCCUGGUAAUAAUUAAUCAAUCCUGUGUGCACAAUAAAGCACAAAGUAAGCUAAAUGAAGAUGGGAUGUGACUACAUUGAAACUCUCUGUAAAGUGUAUGUGAUGACGUCCAUAAAAAUCGGUUGUAAACAACAGCAUCAACUGAAGAAAUAAGUUUCAUAAAUAUGAGAAACAAAGUUGUAAGAACAAGGUUCUGGGAAUAUGGAAACAAGGUUUUGGUGGUCAGAGUGACCAGGCUUAAGUUGAGACCAGCCAAAACAAACAAAGCUGUUCUUGGAAAAAGACCCCCCUACCCCUCCCUGUGAUAAAUUCCGAGAAAAACCGCCAGAUGUGUCAGCCUGACCUUAUCUGACCACCCAGCUCCCCCCACCCUUUCUCAGGGACUUUCUGAGGCCAGGUGCAGAGCAGGAUGAGGAAAUCGGCUAAUUAAGCCAAAAACAGCCCCUUGAGUGAACCAACCAAUGCCUGAUGAGAUCCUUUGUCCUGUGUUCCACUAAUCAGAGUAUAAGCCAGCUAACUCUGUUGCUGAGGUCUGACCUCUGUAAAGUACAAAAGACGUGUGCUUUUUGAGUUCGAGGUUGCCUCUCCCUGUGAGGAUGAGCAACCCCAUGCGCAUGGAUCAAUAAACCUCUUACCAUUGCA